CACACUUUGAAUGCUACUGGCGCCGCGACUGCAGCGUGCCCAACGCCGCAAAGUUGAGCAGUAUUGUUAGCUGGCUUACAGAAUGUGCACUACAAACUGUAGUCUGACUGCAAGACGACGCGCGCGGUCGCUCAUUGCGCUGUCAGCUGUUCUCGUUUCGACUUUCUGCACAGCCGUAGCGACUUCGAAGCCAAACAUCGUGUUCAUUCUUACGGACGACCAGGACUAUGUCCUGGGCGGUGCCGACGCGCUCUGGAUGCCGGCUCUGGACAAGUACGUCCGUAGGCAAGGAAUGGAGCUGCCGCACUUCGUGACCAGCAUAGCCAGCUGCUGCCCCAGCCGUACCUCGCUCCUCACGGGCAGGUACUGCCACAAUACCAACAUCACCAGCAACUCGGAGGCGCGAGGCAGCGCGGUGAAGUUCCUAGAGAAUCAGCUCGAUGACGACUACUUGCCAGUUUGGCUGCAGGAUGCCGGCUACAGCACCUACAUGGUCGGGAAGUUCCUCAACAGCUUCAAAGAGCCGUUGGCAAGGAAGGGCUGCCCGCAGGGCUGGACCGGCAUCAGCCCUCUCAUCCAGGACGUGGACACGGAGGACGGCGGGGAGGAGGCGCCCAGGGCCCCCACCUACAUGGAGGACUGCAACGGCCAGCUGACGUCCUACCCGGGGGCAUUCCAGGAGGAAGUUAUUCGUGACAAGGCACUCAGCUACAUCGACGAGGCCUCCGGCAGCCCACUGCCCUUCUUCCUGCUCAUCUCCACGGUGGCGCCGCAUGACGCCAAGGGCAAGGGCUCCACGUACCCGCAGGUGCUCCCCCAGUACAAGGACCUGUACCCAGGACUCAAGGCGCCGCGGACAGCCAACUGGGGCCGGCCCCCACCCGUCACCAUUGGGUUCGCUCCCUCCACGCCCAACCGCCUGAAUGUCACGGACAUUAACGAGCGCUACCGGGCGCGGUUGCAGUCGCUGCGGGCCGUUGACGACACCAUUGAGGCAGUGGUUAGGCGCUUGGCGUGCCACGGCCAACUCAACAACACCGUUUUCAUGUUCACGUCAGACAACGGAUUCAAGCUGGGCACCCACAACAUUCCGCGAGAGAAGUUCACUUGGUAUGAGGAGGACGUGCGCGUUCCCUUCCUGAUGGCGGGCCCCGGCGUGCCUCGCGGCGUGUACGUGCCCGAGGUGGCGGCGGCCAUGACCGACCUCACAGCCACCAUCGCGCACCUGGCGGGCGCCAGUCCCCGGCGGGUGCAGCUAGACGGCGCACCGCUGCCACUCGACCGCAUCGCCGCCGCCUACCCCCGCCCCAACCAGCCCGGCGCACUCAGCGCCACCGCGGCAGCUGCGGCGGGGCUCACUCUCAGCUCGGGCGUCACCACCGCAGUCGACAGCUUGGACUGCAUUGGUGUAGGGGCUGCGCCCGUGCAGUCGCCACUUCCCCGGCAGACUCCGUCGCCCUCGCCUCGGCCCGCUCCUCGGAAGAGGCCCUCCGGGCGACGGAGGAAUGCCCGCGAGGCUGCUGGAUCUGGUCAGCAGAAGGGAGAGGGCGCCUACGCGGUGGGUGGCAAUGAUGUGCUGGGGGUGGAGUUUGUCGCGGCCUCAGGGGCCAACGACUCGGCCUCGCACGGAGCAGCAGACGGCAGCGUCGUCAGCAGCCGGCGGCGGGGCCUUCUUCAAACAAGUGGCAACAACAAGUUUUACUACGGCCAGUGGAGUAACAUACAACUGAUUGAGGGAUGGCUGGAUGUGACCAUGGCCCAGAUGCUGGGAAAGGACUACCGCGUGCUGCGUGCCUGCAGCCCCUUCCAGGCCUUUGGCGCACCCACGGACCCGCGCAGCGGCGGCCACACCUGCUACAAGUAUGUUGUGCAGUGCUCGCCCAAGAAUGUGAGGUCGUUGGGCGCCGUGCGGCAACUGUUCGACCUGGGGCGUGACGCCGUGGAGCUACAGGACAAGUUCACGCAGUUCAAGGCGCCAUACAACGGAAUCUUCAAGCGGCUGUACGACCGACUGGAUGCCGUACUAACCGUCAUGUCGUACUGCAGCGGCGCCACUUGCCGCAACCCCUUCAUCGCAAUCCACCCCGACGGCAGUGUGACCAACCUGGAACAAGCCAUGGACGCCAAGUUUGAUGACCUGUACGGCGGAUUUAAAAAGUUCUCGUACAAGCGAUGCGCACUUUACUAUCAUCCAGAGAACGAGGUUGCGGAUGCUCGACUAGUGCCAACCUCGGUGCGCGAGUGGACGUCGUCCUAGCAGCACCGACGACGGCACGCACGCAUAUGCAAGGUUCGGGUUCAUCCAGUCAGGUUCGGGUUCAUCCAGUCAGGUUCGGGUUCAUCCAGUCAGGUUCGGGUUCAUCCAGUCAGGUUCGGGUCCAUCCAGCCAGGUUCGGGUUCAUCCAGUCAGGUUCGGGUUCAUCCAAGCAGGUUCGGGUUCAUCCCGUACGUCAAGCUCGGGCCAGGGUCAGGGUCAGAAGUCAUCAGCCACAGGUUGAGAGAGUGCUUUCGCGCCAGCUCCCCAAAGGCCACCUUGUACAACCGGAGUGGCGCUACAGACUGCCCAAAGAGCGCUGCAUGGCGUGCGCGAGCAUCAUCACUGGCCGAUCGAAUAACAAGGGCAGCGUGGCGGCAUGCGCGAAGGUGUGGGACUGUGUGAUGGUUGUUAUUAUAGAAGCAAGCAUGGAAGGAAGGUGCGUCAAGUACCGUAUUACGGACUACGGCAUUCAGCAGGUUAGUUUCGGAAGGGGGUGGAUCACGCGGCGCAGGUAGGCGUGGCGAGUGGGGGCCUCGGCCCUCGGGGCCGUGGUAGCGGUUGGAGUGAAGUGCGGGACAGCCAUCCGUGCGUGUUUAUAUGCGUUCAUGAGGGCGCCGGAUGAGGAGGGGGCGGGGUUGUAGAUCCCAGCCCAAACUAUACCGAACGGGGGGAAAGAGGGGGGGAGGAAAGGAGGGCAGGGGCUGCACGGUGGUACCGCAUGGCGCCCUGCUGCAUGUGGAUCAUGGCCCCGCCUGCUGGUCCAUGCAUAUAUACGUGACGGCAGCAGUAGCAACACGGUAGUAGUAGCAAUGCGGUAGUAGCGGUAGUACGGUAGUAGCGGCAGCACCGGCAUCAGCUCUGGCAGUAGUCGGCUGCAGCCGGGGACGACGGCGGCCCGGUCGUCUGCGCCGCCUGCCGCCCGUCUUUUUAAGGGGUUGGUGCGAGAAGCUGGUGGUAAGUGCGGACUGCUCCCCACACGGCGGCAUGCGGGGCGUGGACGGGGAAUGCAGAGGGACGGGCUAGGGGGCUGGAGAGGGACGGGACGGCGAACGCGCCUGUGGCGCACAGCUUGUGUUGCAAGAGGCAGUUGGUUCAGAUUGGUUGUCUCCAUACUUGUAGUACGGGCGUUCAGUUGUCGGCGAGUGGCCAUGGACCAGUCAUGCAUGGUCAGAUGAUGGUGUGGGUCGCGCGCGCGCUGGUGUCUCGUCUCGAAAGGUAGCACGUACCGUGAUUGCUGCUAACUCCAACUUCUUUCUUGCUGCUUGCUGGCCUGGAGCACUCGGCGGCGUCUUGCAUUUGCAUUCACACUAGCUUACAUUUCUCUGAACUGGCCACACCAAGCCGGCGCACCUGCACCCCGUGCUACUCGUCCUGAUGAAGUAAGCUGCGAUCCCCGAUUUGUACUGUCAGUUCCAUCUGGGCAGCUCUGUCCAGCUAGCCCAGCACAGUGUGCCCAUCCCUACAUACGCAACUCAU